AUGGCGAGCGCGGAAAGUCGAAAGAGAGCCCGCGCGGACAACGACGACGACGACGACGACCUCUCCCACAGUUCCAGCAGCAAAAAGAUCAAGUCGGGUCGCGAGAAUACAGUUGAACAACAAUUUUACUGCCGUUACUGGCCUCCCAAAGUCUGGGAUAAGCUAUCCAGGGUUCCGCUCGCGCGUAUCUCACUUCGAGAACUCGACCGGCGGAACAAAACGCAGCUUGCCCCACGGCCAGCACCAGCAGUGCGUACCGCUGACCUUGCUCGCUUCGCACGACACGGCGGUCCAGAUCUUCGUCAUCUUCGAGGGUACCCCGAUCCCCAAGGCGCCGUACACACCAUGGGUCCGCCUAGUGGUGUUUCCACCAAGACGCCCAAGACGUCAGCGUACAAUGGUGCUUUCGAACAGCUCAUGAUUGACUACUGCAUCUAUCCUCCGUUUUAUACCUUCCCCGACAACCCGGACGCCGAGACCCCGGAGCCAAACAAUCUGGAGGAGGAAUGUGAGGUCCUUUCAAAAAGGAGGCCGUCCCUUGACUCAUCCCGCUUUACCAAGAAGGAGUUUCGCAUCUUCCAACGCAAGAACAAAGCUGCGAUUACUGAAGCUACCGUUGAGCGCACCGUGGUCCCAUUGAUUACCGGCACCUCCGACGACGACAUCCGCAAUUUGAGCAACCUCCUCUUCUCCGACCUUGAGCCGAUCGCUGGUGAAGAUGUCGUCACACCAAAGCCGGAUUUCUUCGACGGAGCUGACAUGGGGGCUAUCCAUCCAAAGAUCCGAAGUGCUAACGAGGAUGGCAACCUGAGAAAGCUAAUCAUCCCCACAAACAACGUCGAUGCUCCAGUACUACCCAACUUCUUUAUGGAAUUGAAACGUCCUGAUGGUCACUCGCGCGUUGCGUGGCGACAAGCAAUGCACGUUGGGGCAGUCGGAGCCCGUGCUAUGCAUGCUUUAAUGAAUUACGGUAAGGAGGAGCCGGUCUACGACGGCAAUAUGUAUACAUACAGUUCAACCUAUCACGACGGGAGACUCAACUUGUACGCGCACCACGUCGCGCCGCCGACCGCGCCAAACGACCGGCCCAAAUAUUAUAUGACUGCGGUUAAAAGUUACGUAUUAGAAAGCGACAUGGACUCUUUUCGGCAAGGAGUUACGGCAUUCCGGAAUGCACGGGAUAGGGCGCGAUGGCACCGAGACAAUUUCAUUCGGGCGGCGAACGCAAAGGCAUGCCAGUCCGACGGGGUGGUGCUUAACGUCGAGCUUGAGCCAAAGCCAAAACAGCACAUCUGGUAG